UCCUGUAUUUUAAACAUGGCGGAUUGUUGUAGGGUAUUAGACAACAAUACUGGACGUGAAGUUAAAAUAAAGUAAUUUUCUGACAGUUAUUUUGUUUCUGCAAGGAGGACAGUUGUUCCACAAUUGAGUAAAUAUUGCACGAGGCUUAUUUAACAUUUCAUUGUAAUACGUAGGUUAACUAACACGGUGAUGGCGAUUCGCUUCUCGGAUUCCUUGCACAAUUACACUGAUCUUACGCUUAGAAUUAGGCUCAUUAUGCUUUUCUUGUUUAUGCAAAAUGUGUCUCCAGAAAAGUCAUGUGCAUUGCACAUCACCUGCGAUGUAUUACAUUGUACGUGCUAGAACGUUAGAUCGUGUUGAUUCUUGUAUAAAUCGGACUACUGAUUUUGCAAAAGUCUCAGUGUAGAUAGAAUGGAGAGCUUCUUUCACAGAUGGGGGCAUUGACAUUGGAUGUAAUGCUUAGACAGGUAUAGCAAUCUUUGGAUGUUAAAGUAUAAAAAUAAUUUUAACUCAACUCUGUAAGCUAACAAAAUGAGCAGCAGAAGAAAACGCGCGCCACCCGUCCGCAUGGAUGAGGAGUCUAAGAAGAAACUGAACUGGAAUAUGCUCGAGGACCGGAAGAACGAGGGUGAUUUGGAAGUCGGUGAGACCAUUUCUCCGGCUUCUGUGAGCUGUCAGCUGGUUCUUGAGGACAAUGGGAAAAAUGUAACCUGCAAUUUUUUUCAACCACUUGCUGAGAAAGAAGAAGAACCAGAGUGCUCUUUCCAGGACUCCUCUUCUGAAACCACUGAGCUUUAUGUGGUGCCCUUGUCUUCUGUGGACCUUGGGUGGAACGCACUCAUUGGAGAGUUAAACCUCUGUCUGAAAGGUCCAAAUGUUCCCAUUGAGGUUUCAGACAUUACUUUAUGUCUGCAGCAAAUUGGUGAUGCUUUGUUGCUGAAUUAUGCCAGCUCAGCGCUGGAUGAACCCAGGAAUUUUCCUGUUGAGUUCUCCCUUGGUGGACUUUCACUGGAGGAUUUGGACUGGCUGCAGAAGAGGAAGGUGAUCCAGUUGGGCCACUUGUCUGUAGAGGGAGUACUGAAGCUGAAAAUGUUUCUUUUGGAGGCAGGAUUGGGGCGACCAGAAUUUCUCAGUGAAGGAAAUGGACGUAUAAGAAGAACCAGUCAGCUGCUGCAGAAGCUGAUGGAGUUGUUUUAUGGCUUCAUCAUCCCUGAGAUCAUGGAGAAUGAGGAAGAAGAGUGUGACACGGACCUGGAGCGGCAGAAUGUGGAGGAGCUGUAUGACUAUGUUAGGCACCUCCACCAACGGGAGGAGCAGGAGGAGAGCUUUGAUGUGCAGCAUUCUGCCCUUGUCCCAGUGCUGCGACUGUACCAGAGCCAGGCUGUCAACUGGAUGCUGAGGAGGGAAAGGUAUAAGAGAGAAAGUCCUCAAGAACAAACACUACAUUUCCUUUGGAGGGAAGUGGUUACAAUGUGUGGAAAGAAGCUGUUUUAUAACCCCUACACUGGCUGUCUGAUCCAGGAGUUUCCUCUGGCUGGUCUGGACUGGCCUGGUGGGAUCCUUGCUGAUGAGAUGGGUCUGGGGAAGACUGUGGAGGUGCUGGCCCUUAUCCUGUGCAACACCCGGCAAGGUGUGAAGCAGGGUGCUCUCACUUUGCCUGUGGGGAAGUCAGUGAACUAUUACGUCCCUCCACCACCGUUAGAGCGACAGAGGAAGCGGACUGAGGUGAAGCCCAGAGAGAAAAUUACCUAUCCUGCUGUACGUGUGAUGCUUCUAACUGCUAUUAAGGAAGUGAAGGUUGGAAAAGGAUCUUCGGUCAAUGCUGUUUUCACAUACCUCCGGGAUAUGUACAAAUAUGACCCACUGAAGAACCGCAGCCACAUUAAGAAGGCAUUGACCAAACUCCUAACUGAAAGAUUAGUGGAGCAGAUCAAAGGUCGAGGUCUAGCCGGGUCGUUCAAACUGGGAAAGAACUACAAAGAAAAGAAGAUGAAACCUGUGGUACCUAAGAAGUCACCUAGAGAGGUUGUCCCCAGAAGAAUCUCUCAUCGAUGUGCAGGACAGGAGCGAGAGGCAAUAACGACCUUAUGCAGCACAGCCUCUGACUCCAUGGACACUCUAAUCAGCACGGCUCCUUCUACCCUUACAGAAGAACCAGAGGAAGGGUGUGGAUCUCUGUCAGAGUCAGAAGCACUUGGUGACAAACCCAGUAGCCAUUCUCAGCCAGAUAACUGCACCACAUCCCAGGCACCUUUACAUGACCACGAGAAACAGAGAGCAGACACUCCUGCAGUUAAAUCAGAGCCAGUGGACAUGGGUGAAAGUGUGCAGCAGGAAUCACAUGGUAGUCCAGGUUUUCAGUCAGUUCCUCCAACUCCCACUCGAGCAUCUGUGGUCCCCUUCAAUACACCCGAUUAUCGCUUUGAGUGCAUCUGUGGCGAGCUGGGUCUGGUGGACUACAAGGCUCGGGUACAGUGUAUAAACUGCUUGCUGUGGCAGCAUGCAGAGUGUGUGAACUAUAAGGAAGAAGAUCUGGAGACAACACCAUUCUACUGCCCACACUGCCUGGUGGCCAUGACUCCUGUUCCCACUGGGGCCACACUCAUCAUCUCCCCCAGCUCCAUCUGCCAGCAGUGGGUGGAGGAGAUCAACCGACACAUCCGCUCCUCCUCUCUCCGAGUAUUGGUGUACCAGGGUGUGAAGAGGCACGGUUUCCUUCAGCCUCAUAUCCUAGCUGAGCAGGAUGUGGUCAUCACCACCUAUGAUGUCUUGCGCAGUGAGCUUAACUACGUAGACCUCCCUCACAGUAACAGCAAAGAUGGGCGACGCUUCCGCAACCAGAAGCGUUACAUGGCUGUGCCGAGUCCCCUGGUGGCCGUGGAGUGGUGGCGCAUUUGUCUAGACGAGGCUCAAAUGGUUGAGUGCACCACAGCUAAGGCUGCAGAAAUGGCUCUGAGACUCACAUCCAUAAAUCGCUGGUGUGUAAGUGGAACACCUGUACAGAGAGGUCUAGAAGAUUUGUAUGGUCUUGUUCUGUUUCUGGGAGUUGACCCAUACUGGGUGAAAUACUGGUGGGAACAGCUGCUCUAUAGACCAUACCGGCGUGGCAACCCAGGCCCACUCUACAACAUCAUUGGCCAGUUGUUAUGGCGAUCUGCCAAAAAAGAUGUCAUUGAUCAGAUCCAAAUUCCCCCUCAGACAGAGGAGAUCCAUUGGCUGAACUUCUCACCGGUGGAGAGCCACUUCUACCACCGGCAGCAUGAGGUGUGCUCACAGGAUGCAUUGGUCAAGCUGCGCAGGAUCUCAGACUGGUCCCUGAGGCUGGGCACCCUGGACCGCCGCACAGUCACCACCAUUCUGUACCCGCUCCUGCGUCUGCGCCAGGCAUGCUGCCACCCCCAGGCCGUCAGGGGAGAGUUCCUACCCUUCCAGAAGAGUACAAUGACGAUGGAGGAGUUGCUGAAGUCCCUGCAGAAGAAGUGUCGCGUGGAGUGUGAGGAGGCACACAGGCAGCUUGUGUGUGCACUCAAUGGCCUGGCAGGAAUCCACAUCAUCAGAGGUGAGUUUGUUGAGGCAGCGGAGAUGUACAGAGAAGUUCUUCGUUCGUCGGAGGAACACAAAGACCGGCUUAAGACAGAUUCACUGCAGAGACUUCAUGCUACACACAAUCUGAUGGAGCUGUUAAGUGCAAAGCAUCCUGGGAUACCUCCUACUCUUCGAGAUGACCGUUUGAAAGAGGAGGCGGAGCAGCUGAAACAACACUACAUGACCAAGGUUAGCUCUGAGGUGUCAGAAGCCCAGCAGAACCUGCUGCCUGUUCUGCAGAAUAUUAGAGAGCUCAAACGCAAGGUGAACCUACGCUCCCCUUGGUGGUUGGAUGUCAUCCAGCAGGCUAUUCAAUACUCCAUGGAUGAUGACUUGGUUAGCCGCAUCCAAAAUGAGCUCACUUGCAGUUACAAACAGCAAGACAACAAACUCUCGAUGGCAGAAAAGUUCCGGGAUGCCCGAGGUCUCCAGUUUUUGCUCAGUACUCAGAUGGACGAGCUGAUGAAAUCCCAGAAAACUGUUCAGGAUGCUGUCAAAAAGCUUGAGGCUCCACCAUCUCAGGAAGUCAUUGAAGAGGCAACUGCUUGUCACUUGAGACCAGUGCGUCUUCCACUCAACAACUGUGUGUUUUGCAAAGCUGAUGAACUCUUCACAGAUUAUGAGUCAAAACUGUUCUCUCACACAGUUAAAGGCCAGACAGCCAUUUUUGAAGAGAUGAUCGAAGAUGAGGAUGGCCUGGUGGAUGACAGGCUCCCCACUACAAGCCGCGGUCUGUGGGCUGCUAGUGAGACAGAGCGUACCCUCAAAGCCAUCCUGUCCUUUGCUAAGAUCCGCCGCAUUGAGCCUGAGCUCAUCGAGGAGGGCGGUGCUUUCAUGGAGCUCUUCGAGGCCUGGAAAAAGGAGUAUAAGGUGCUGCAUGAGUACUGGAUGACUCUGCGGGAUCGCGUGUCUGCCAUAGAUGAGCUGGGCAUGGCGACUGAGCGCCUGCGGGUCCGCCUCCCUGACGAGCCCCGUCCCAAAGUCCUGCACAUCAUUGAGCCACACGAGGUGGAGCAGAAUAGAGUGAAGCUGUUGAACGACAAGGCUGUGGCUAAAUCGCAGGUGCAGAAGAAACUCGGGCAGUUUCUUUAUCUCACUAAUUUAGAGAAGUCUCAGGAUAAAUCCACAGGAGGUUUGAAUCCAGAGCCAUGCCCCAUUUGUGCCCGCCCUCUGGGCCAGGAGUGGGCAGUGCUCACCUGUGGACACUGUUUCUGCAAUGAGUGCAUUUCCAUCAUCGUGGAGCAGUACAGCAUCGGCAAUCGAAAGCGAGCGAUAAAGUGCGCUAUCUGCAGGCAGACCACCUCCCACAGUGAAAUAUCCUACGUCUUUACCACGCAGGCGGCCGACCAGGGCCAGGAAAUCCCUGUCAAAGGAAGUCACUCCACUAAAGUAGAGGCUGUGGUUCGAGCUCUCAAGAAAAUCCAGAUGACUGACCCAGGAGCGAAAUCCCUUGUUUUCUCCACGUGGCAAGGAGUGCUGGACAUCAUUGCCAAAGCACUUUUUGACAACAACAUGGAGUUCUCACAGAUCAAUGGAAUUCAUAAGUUUCAGGAGAACUUGAGUUCUUUCAAAUACGAGGAGAAGAUCAACAUCCUGCUGUUGCCCCUACACACUGGCUCAAACGGUCUGAACAUCAUUGAGGCUACACACGUGCUGUUGGUGGAGCCCAUCCUGAAUCCUGCCCAUGAGCUGCAGGCCAUUGGCAGAGUGCACCGCAUCGGCCAGACCAAACCCACUUUUGUGCACCGGUUCCUGAUUAAGUCAACUAUUGAGGAGCGCAUGCAGGCCAUGCUAAAAACAGCAGAGAAAAGUCAUGGAGCCACGGCCAUGAAGCAUUCGGAAGCCUCUGUGUUCACCGUGGCUGACCUUGCUGAACUGUUCACUGAGGAUAGUGACACACUGGAGUGAUUCUCUGAUCCCAGCCACACAGUUUGGCUGGUGAGCAUCAGUGUCAACAAGGGAGAGUGAAGAGGACCAAUCUGCACCAACCAGCACAUAGGCCCACCAUGACUCCCAAAUAUUAUGGUUUGCACUUUGUGCAUUUCAUACGGCAAUUCCAGUGGUGUGGUUGAUUUUUAAAUAUUUUAUUUUCUUGGUGUCGUGCUCAUAUCAUACUGAUUAUGUUGAAAAACAUGACAUGCCGCAGAAAAACAGAAGAACAGUAAGCCUAUUUGCAAAGCAGCAACAGUAGGACAUGUUUUUGAAAAGUAGCAGGGAGGAAGUACCCAGGGGGAACAAAUAGCAUAUAGAGAAAAUAAAAUUUAGUCCUAAAACGUAGACAAAAGGUAAUGGUUGCUGAGUAGAAAAAAAUCCAGAGUGUGUUGUGGCAACUAGGCAAGAGGCAAACCACCCAAAACCAUAAUUUCUUGAAAUUAUUAAGAUACUGGAAAACAUUUUAAAUAUGUGAAUCACACGGUUUAUUGCAACAGCUGAUGCCACUUGAAAAUUCAGGCUGAAUCACCCUUGCUAAUAUUUGAGAAUAUAAAUAAACACUGCCUGGUAGGUCGUUGUUGAUUGUAGAUUCCAUGCACAGUCACAUUCCAUUCCAUUACUUUUUCAAACUGGUAAGAUUUAUCCACACUCCGCCAUCAUUGCAGAACCCAAGCAUGGUUAAUUAAUUUUGGAUCAGUUUUCUUCUGGUUAAUGCUACAGUCCACAUUUUGAUUUGCACUUUUUUGCAUUAUAUUAAAAAGAUUCCAUGCUUGACACUUCUCAGCAGCUUCUAAGGAUGACCAAAUUUUUCCUUGUAAGUUUCUAAAUUCUCAUUAUAAUGGUGAUCAGAAGGACUGCAAGACCAAAAUCUAAGAAAAAAAAAAAAUUGUUCCUUUUUUUAAUGUAAUUUUUAUUUGUAGCAAAUUUCUCAUUUGUUCAUAAAUUGUCUUUCUGCUAAAUAAAAAGUAAUGUAUUUUGAUGUAAAGGUGUUACAUGUUUAAUAAGAAAACCACUGGUCUUACCCAUCUUGACCUUUCCAGAGUCUCCUUCUGUUGUUUGCAAUGGGUCAUCCAAAAUAAUGUGAAGAACCCAUGAAAAUGUUUUACCUAUUUGCAAGACAAGACACAUUAUUCAAUGUAUAUAAAACUUUAUCCAUUUAUCACUGGCUAAAGAUAAAAGUUAAAUAAAUGUUUUCUUUCUUUUGGGCUGUAUUGUACACAGUUAUGUUAUUAUUUAUAAUAUUAGAAUUGUUUUUAAUCUGUAACUCAUUUAUAAAUGAUGAUGUGAAAA